AUGAAAAGAGCAAUCGGGAAAUGUUGGCGUGAUUCCGCUUCAUUGAUAGUGAUCGCUAAAAGGAAUGUGGAUGUUUCGUCGAGUGGAAACGCAGGGGAUUGUAACUACGAUAUCUUGUUGCAGACUCGGACGCAUAGCGCUUCUUUCUCGAACAGUGUAGUGUUUCCGGGCGGUGUGUGUGAGGAGGCGGACGCGAGUGAUCAUUGGCUUCACCUCCUCAGCUCUUUCGGUUACAAUCACAGAGAUUUCGAGACUUUACACAAAGCUAGUGCCCCAGUAACCCCCAUUCUAGCGAGUAACCCCAUUAAAAGACAUAUUGCUUUAAGAAUAACAGCAAUUAGAGAGACAUUUGAGGAGCUCGGCCUGCUUAUUUGCAGUUCCCGGCAUAAAAACAACAAAAGUGAUUCAUGGUCUCAGUGUGUACAUGGCGUUGAUGUUAAAUACUGGCAGGCACGGUUGAACAAAGACCCCUUGGAUUUUUUGUCUCUUUGUAAAGAGCACAAUUGCUACCCUGAUAUAUUUGGGUUGCAUUAUUGGAGUAAUUGGUUGUCUCCGACACAUUUGCCUGCAAGAUUUGAUACAGCAUUCUUUUUAGCUGCUUUACAAAAUAAGCCUUCAGAUAUUAAAGCCAAUUCCGAAGUAGUGAAGGUUGAGUGGUCCACUCCUCUUGAAACACUAGAACGUAACAAAAACAAGCAAUUGAUACUCUACCCUCCUCAAGCUUAUGAAUUAAACCGUUUUCUUAUUUCAAAGACAUUGAUAACAGCUGAUGGAAUUGCCCACCUUUUGCCAGGUGACUAUCUAUACCCAUCAAAUGUAGAUCUUAACAUAGAAACGGUUAUAGAAGAAGCAAAAACCCUUGAAGAACUUCGAGAUACAAAUCAAACAUUGCAUAGAUUUGAAACCAGCAAACAAGGAACCUUUGUGGUGACACAAAAUUACAAACCGAGCAAUCAUAUCAAUAUGGGUGAUCAAGUCAAGCCCUUGAAUGCUACAAUACAUUUGAAAGUUUAG